UUGUGUCCACACGUGGCGGACAACAAUUUGGGAUUUUCUACCCAACGACGCGCGAAGCACUUCUCUACUUUCUUCUUCUUAUGCUUUAACUUAAUAAAGCGCAAAAUUUAGCAAUAAACGAUUCAGAAUCAGCAGGAAGGUAACAGGGUUAAGAGAAAAUGAUGAGAGUGCGGACUUAUGCUUGGCUUAGUGUAAUAGCUUCUCUUGCUGUCAUUUAUCAUGCCUUUAAUAGUAGAGGCCAGUUUUACCCUGCAAUGGUUUAUUUAUCGACAUCUAAGAUCAGUCUGGUGCUUCUCCUCAACAUGGGUCUUGCUACUAUGUGCAUUUUGUGGCAGCUAACCAAGAAGAUUUUCCUUGGUACCCUUCGAGAGUCAGAGGUGGAGAGGUUAAAUGAGCAGUCAUGGCGUGAACUCAUGGAAAUACUUUUUGCAAUCACUAUUUUCCGGCAAGACUUCUCCAUGACGUUUAUUACCAUGGUCACCGCACUAUUUUUAGUCAAGACUUUGCAUUGGUUGGCCCAGAAACGGGUUGAGUACAUUGAAACAACUCCAGCUGUUACUAAGUUGUCCCACAUUCGCAUAGUUUCUUUCAUGGGCUUCCUCCUUCUCAUAGAUAGUCUCCUUUUGUACAACUACAUGAACCAUUUGAUACAGACAAGACAGGCUUCUGGUUCUCUCUUCUUCGCGUUUGAGUACAUGAUACUUGCUACAACAACUGUUGCAACAUUUGUAAAAUAUGUAUUCUAUGUACGUGACAUGCUUAUGGAAGGACAAUGGGAGAGGAAGGCCGUAUAUACUUUCUAUUUGGAACUUCUUCGGGACUUGAUCCACUUGACUAUGUACAUGUGCUUCUUCCUCAUGAUUUUCAUCAAUUAUGGUGUGCCUCUGCAUUUGAUUCGGGAGCUUUAUGAGACAUUCCGCAACUUCAAGACUCGAGUUGCUGAUUACAUACGAUAUCGGAAUAUCACUUCAAAUAUGAAUGAUCGUUUUCCAGAUGCUACACUGGAAGAGCUCAAUGGAGGUGACACUAUCUGCAUCAUUUGUCGUGAGGAGAUGACCACUGCCAAGAAACUUACUUGUGGACAUCUCUUUCAUGUCAAUUGCCUCCGGUCAUGGCUAGAACGUCAGAACACGUGUCCUACUUGCAGAGCUCUUGUUGUACCACCUGAAAAUGGGACGAGUGUUGCUGGAUCUGGAUAUUCUCAGCAAGGAACAAGUUUAGCAAGCACAUCUCGAGGUUCCCAAGCAGAUCCUAGGACAAACGGUUAUGUUAGUCAGCACCAGGCUAGACUCCAAGCUGCAGUUGCUGCUGCUGCAAUUUAUGAGAAGUCCUUUGUUUAUCCUUCUGCACCAACACUAAGCCGGUCUCAUGGACAUGCUCUAUUUCCUCCUUCCUAUGGACCAGUCAGUUUUAUCAGCGUGGACUCACAAAGAGAGAGUGCUGCAAAUGAAUGGUCACAGCAACAUCAAUAUGCAAAUAUGCCUUUUGCUUACUAUCCACAGAGCAGUUUUGGUCCUUUAGGAUAUCCUGGUGCUAACAUGCCUGUUGGAGAUGGUUCCCGGAGUAACCUUAGUACUUCAGAUACUCAGCUCGAGGCCCAUAGGAUAUUCUUACAGCAGCAGUGUGAGGCUCUGCAAAACCAGCUCAAGCUUCUACAGAGUUCAAAGACACAGAAAGUAGCAGAUGGUGCAAAAGUUUCUGAAAGCAAGGGAAAAGCAAUUUCAUUAGAGAAUGCUCAAAAUGGACAGGCUGAAGGUGCAGAUUUUUAAGGAGUGAUCAUCUGUAUAUAAAGUGCAGUUGUAAUCAUCCAGUUAGAAUGGCUGCUGAACAAUGGAAUUCACCGGAAGAUCUGUUGGUUGUAUUUUCUCUAGUGAUCUGGAUAUCGUUGUAUUGCAGGUGAGAGAUCAACCAUUUCUUUCUUCUGCAAGUUCCUUUCUUGAGGAUCUCCAACUCUUGUAUCUCUGCAGAGUUUCAAUUUCACAUCUUCAUUUAGCGGUCCAUUAGCAAACCACAUCAACAGGUACAACAAUUUUAGCAGAAGAUAUUAUAUGUUCAAGUAGGAAAGUGAGAGAUGACGCCUGAUUCAUGCAUUCAAGAAGACUCUGGAUCUUCAGCCUUGCUUUCUCCAUUCCAGGGUUGGUGCAAAUACCGAGUGGGAGUAAGUUUCUUCCAUUUUCAGGAUAGCAUUUCAGUAUGAAGUAUAUGCUGAACCAUCCGGAGUUGACACAUGGGAUUAGAAAAUUAAGCUGUUUGAUCUUGUGACCAUUUCAUCUCUAGCCUUGCAUGCAUAAUAAUAGUAGUGUUCAUUCCUUGAACAGUUGAACUAUUAACAUACAACACACUUGUAUUAGUGCUAUCUGUAUCAUAAAUCAGUGCCAAUUUCAAACCAAAAACUCUGUCGGACAUCAGACAGGCUGUUGAAUUGGCCUCCUUAGUUCAGCAUUGAGAGUUGCUGUAAUGUGUACACUGUACAGGCAUUGGACCAGUACUCCAGAAAUCGUUUUCGUUUGGUUAGGGAUAUGCAAGGGAACUUGCCGCAAACUGAUCCUUUGAGAAAGUCAAUAUUAGUACCUCAUUUAUUCUGCAGGUUCAGAUAUUUUAUUUGUUGGAGCAAUGUAUAACUGGAUGAUUCAUCCAGUUUGCACCCAAUUUAUUACUCUUAACUUGCUGGAUAUGUGAGUUCCUUAGUUGGUUUAAUGAACAUUCUAUUUGCACUAGUGA